CGCAAAAUCCAAACAACCUUGAACAUUUCCUUACACUCGACAACAGUGGAAUUUCGCAAUCUCCUAGCGUUGAAUCUCCAGAUCAAAUGACAACCGUACGAUCAAAUCCAACCCUCAUCAUCUUCUUUUUCUUAAUUCUCUUCAUCACACCCUCCCAAUCACUCUCAUUCUCCUCCUAUUACCGUUUCCGAAACUUUCUCUCCCUUUCCCACUCCAUUUUCACCGGCGUCGCCAACCUCCGCACAAAGCGCGGCGACAUCGCCGGCGCCGAGAGAGCAAAGACUAUCGCAAACAGUUUGGAGAAGGUUAACGGAUUUGGAUUUGUGAAGCUUGUGUGGUCUGCUUGGUCUUGGAAAUGGAUGUUGAAGGAACUUCCAUUGACAGAGAUGUAUGGCGCUGUUUCGGAUGUUAACGAGUUUUUGAGAAGUUUGAAUGAGUUGACUCGUUUGGAAUCGGCUGGUGAGAGAGCGGUUUGGCUCUCGAGAAAUUACCAGAAUCUCCUUACUGUUACUAAGUCGCUUUUUAGUAAACUCCUGAAAGCGUUUGGUCAAUCGGAAGGUGUGAGGAAAGUAGUGGAGACGUUGCGAAUAGAGGUGGUGGAAGGUGGGUUAAUCAGAGAUUGCCUUUUACUUGGUGGCAAUGAUUUGAAGGAUUUGAUUAAAGUUGCCAAGGAUUUGCUAUUACAAUUCUUUCCUGCUGCUACUGAUAAAAACCCUGAGCUAUAACUUGGAUAGUUGCUUUUUGGUAGGUUAUGAGCUAUGAUACAACGGUGCUAUCAUUCCUGUCCUAACCACUUACUUACUAAGUUACCAUUUUUAGUUCUUUUUGUUUGCUUCAGUUUCGUAGAGUACACUACCCAUGAUUCUGCCUGAAUCAACUGUAUGAAAAAAAUUGUAUAUGUUAAGGUUGGUUAUAAAGUUUGUUUGAGAGCAUAAUCUAUACACGGACAUGGUUAACCUUUUUAUCACACAUUGCUAUAUGCCCAUAUGAUUAAUUGAUAUCAAA